AGAUCUGGAGUUUGAGAUUGAUCCUGAGCCGUCAUCACCUGCACCAGAUCGCUCUGGCGUCAAGCCAUAUAAUGGUCAGGAUCACCGGAGGAGGGAGUGGCAGAGCGGCAGCCAGCAGAGGCCAGAUGAUGGACACCCGUCCACUUCAUCUAAACUCUCUCGCAGAGAUUCCCUCUCUGAGGACAAUUUAGUGAGGCCGUUCAGCAGAGAGUCCAUCAGCCUCAGCAGCAGAGGCUCGUACAGCGUCGAAUGGAGGUGGAGUGGUGAUGUUUCGGAUAGCCCAAGCGAACAGGGCAGUUGCAGCAGCUGCUGUUUGUCCAGGUCCGACAGCCUCGAAGGGUGGACGUGUCCUCCGCUGCCAGGUCAGGUUCCUGUUGAGCCAACAGAGACUUCACAUGGCCGAACUGCUCCGGGAGCCAGGGAAGCUUCUCCUGUGACCAAGAGCUCCACAGAAAAACCUACAGAAUGCAGGAAGAGGAAAGGAUUUCGUUCCUUCUUGAAGAGGCUAUGGAAGGCUCUGAAGCGUCCUUUCUGCUGCUGUUUCCACUGCAGUUCUGUGGAUGUUGUGGAGCCUUUUGUCCCUCCAUCAGAUCUGGAGUCUGAGAUUGAUCCUGAGCCGUCAUCACCUGCACCAGAUCACUCCGGCGUCAAGCCAUAUAAUAAGUCCUUUGAGUCUCUCUACUAUGUGGGAAAGAUGAUUGGAUCCGGAACAUUUGGCAGUGUGUUCGAGGGAACACGCAAAUUUGAUGGCAAAAAGGUUGCCAUCAAACGGAUGCGAAAGUUUGACAACUUUCUUUAUCUUGAUAUCCCUGGGCAUCCUGAACCUCUCAUUACAGAAGUGGCGCUGCUGCUAAUGAUGAGGCGAGAACCCAUAAGCCCCUUCGUCAUUCAACUCUACGAGUGGUUUGAACACCCUCGAAAAUUCACUCUGGUCAUGGAGUACCCGGAACCCUGCGAGAGCUUGCUGGACUUCAUGGAUCGCAAUCCUCAGCUGGAUGAAACAAUCGCUCGGGUCUUCAUGCGUCAGGCUGUGCUGGCAGCACAACACUGCAUCGAGCACGAUGUUUUCCACAACGACAUUCAUGCUGACAAUUUCCUGUUGAAGCACACGUUAGAGAUCAAGCUGAUAGACUUUGGCUGCGGUCAGCUAUUCAGUAGUGAUGGCUACGAGAGCGACGUAUACGUUGGAAAACAGGAUCACUGCCCACCUGAAGUCUUCACAGAUCCUCGAUUCCACGCCGUCCCAGCAAAUGUCUGGGCUCUAGGAGUGAUGCUGUAUAAGAUGGUGAACGCUUGUCGUCCUUUUCGCAACAGAAGGGAAAUCAAACAUGCCACAGUUACAUUUCAGAGCUCCAAGUUAUCCAGAGGAAACAACUUGAGCUCGAGACUUGACCCGAAGCCUGAAGUCCGACCUGACUGGGAACUCAGAGCCUGUCCACGUCUGAACGAGAACACGAGAGACUGCGAGACUGGGAAGAAGUCAUCAAGUCAUCACAGCCACAUUUUGCUUCGUUUUAAGUCAUUUUUGCUUAAUUUUUAAAAGUCAAGUCAUCUUUAUUUAUAUAGCGCCUUAUAUAAUUACCUAUUUUUGUGUUUCCCAAAAACAAAACUGUAAAUAUGUAAAUAAAAAUCUACAUGGUUGC